GCUGAUGGCUUAAAAAUGGUGCACAGCAAUGAUGAUGCCAUGAAUAAAAUUCCACUUAAAUCCUCAUCCGGUUUGGAUGAUGAGGAAAAAAAUGGCGGUGAAUUUGUGCACGAUACAACAGCUGCUGAGGAAGCCAGACGUGAACAAAUGCGUGCAAAUAUCUUAAAAUGGGUUAAAAAAUUAACAAUUGUGCUCAUCUGCUUCAUUGGUAUUGCACUUAUUAGCUACGUUAUAAUUAGUUUAUGUUUUAGUGACUGGUCAAAGUCAACAAACUCAGCUUCCCCAACAACUUCCACUAACACUUCUCUUUUACCAGAUGAUACCGACAACAUUGUUAGCAGUAAGAGCAGCGGUAGUAGUCAAAAAAAUGACAGCACAAUUACAGAUGAAGAUUCAACAAGUCGAGAGGUUGAUGCAAAUAACAACAAUGUUACAUAUGUAGCUUCGUUUGGUUCGAGUGGAAAACACGUGAUGGAGACGACAACAAAGACCGCGACAACAGUAACUCAAACCACCUCAGCAACAGUCAAAGACUCUAGCACAAAAGCUGCUUCGUUGGCCCCAACUACCGUCGAAACAAUAGAAGAACCCAAAACUGGCAAGAGCACAUCCAAAGUGAAAGCCGAUUUACUCCACGAUACACCAAUUACAGAUACAAAUUUCGAAUCCAAAUUGGGUGUGUUUGAGCAGGCGGCUGUAUGCUCAGAUAAGGAGGUUUGCAGUCAAGUUGGCAGCCAUAUAUUGGAAGAAGGAGGCAGCGCUGUGGAUGCGGCCAUCGCUACAAUGUUGUGCAAUGGUGUGGUAACCAUGCAUAGCAUGGGCAUUGGUGGUGGCAUGUUGAUGAACAUUUACAUUAAGGAGCAAAAGCAUGCAUUCUCGAUUGAUGCACGCGAAGUUGCGCCUUUUUCAGCCGUUCAGGAUAUGUUCGACAAUAACUCUAAUUUAUCUUUGCAUGGUGGACUAGCAAUAGCUGUGCCCGGUGAAUUAAUGGGUUAUCAUCGAGCACAUGAACGUUUUGGUAAAUUAACAUGGAAGCAAUUAAUUGAACCAUCAAUUAAGAUAUGCAAUGAAGGCUUCUAUUUAAGUAAACAUCAAUGGAAUGCAUUCCAGUACAAACGAAAGCAUUUACUAAAUAAUACCGUCAUCACAAAUGUAUUCCUUAAUGAAACUACUGGGGAACUACAUCCAAUUGGUACAAAACUGAAACCACCGAAAGAGCUUUGCAGUACCUAUGAAUUAUUAGCAGAAAAUGGACCACUCGAUUUUUAUAAUGGUACACUUGCUAAGCUCGUAGCAGAGGACUUAAAGGACUUAGGUAGUCCCAUAACAUUAUAUGAUUUAGAAACAUAUGUUGCUGACUUAGUUAGCUCCAUAACCAUGCAAUUGGGUAAUGAUACGCUAUACUCCGUACCACCUAUUAGUAGUGGCAGUGUGGUGGCGAAUGUGCUCAGCAUUUUGGAGAACUUCAAUUUU